AUGUCUCUGAAACUUGGAUUAGGACUGUUAGCAGUUUUUGCAGUCACAGAGGCUUUAUACUUCCACAUCGCCGAAACCGAGAAGAAAUGUUUUAUCGAGGAAAUUCCUGAUGAGACAAUGGUGACGGGAAAUUAUAAAGUACAAUUAUACGAUCCAAAUACAAAAGGAUAUGGAGAUUAUCCGAAUAUUGGAAUGCAUGUUGAAGUAAAAGAUCCAGAGGAUAAAGUGAUUUUGUCGAAAUUGUAUACGGCUGAAGGAAGAUUUACAUUCACAUCAAAUACCCCGGGAGAACAUGUGAUUUGUUUGUAUUCGAAUAGUACCGCUUGGUAUGGUGCUCAAUUGAGAGUGCAUUUGGAUAUUCAAGCUGGAGAGCAUGCGCAAGAUUAUGCACAGGUAUGGGAUUUUUUGGGGUCUAAAGUCGGGGGAAACCGUUCACGAAAAGCUGAAAACCCAUAUUUUCUCUUUUUUGGAAUCUUAUUGUUAGCCAGGGUGUUCAAAUGGAUAUUAGAGAUCUCGGGCUACAAUCAGGCUUUUUUCCUAUUUCAAAAAGCUGUCCUUCAAAAUUUAUCCAUUUUCAGAUCGCUCAAAAAGACAAAUUGAAUGAAUUGCAAUUGCGAGUCCGUCAACUUUUGGACCAAGUCGAACAAAUUGUAAAAGAGCAAAACUAUCAAAGAUAUCGUGAAGAGCGAUUCAGACAAACAUCCGAAUCGACAAAUUCUCGAGUUUUCUAUUGGUCAUUGGCUCAGGUUUUGGUGCUCGCUAUCACUGGCUAUUGGCAAAUGCGUCAUCUUCGCGGAUUUUUCGAAGCCAAAAAACUUGUAUAA